GACACCACGCAACCGGGCUCUGCAUCAGCAUUGCCCAGCACUGCACAGCCAGGCACUGGCCCUUCAACCGAUGAGCCCAGUGCCUCGCCAAUGCCGGGCGAAGAACGACCAUGGGCCGGCCUGAUCGAUGGCGGGCCAGCUCAGCACAACACGGCCACCAUCAAGGAGCCUCAGAUGGAAGAGGAAGAGCCUCUGACGCCACCACCAUGCCCGUGGCCUCCCCUGCAAGAGAGUUGCUACCACCAGCCCCGCCCUUCAACAGACGGCUGCUGGACAGCCUGGGAUGGCUCUUGGUGGGCCAACUACUGGGACAGCACAGACCAGGAACCACCGGACGAGUCCACAAGGGUCGACAGCCGUCACUACGCCUACAGCACCGACCCAGCAUGGCACCGCAACACACGCAUCUUCUACCACGGCAUGCAGCGGAGCCCUGCCAAACCUUCGGAGCCGGAGCAGACCCAGCCAGAGCCUGCACCGCACACCACAGCACUCGCCCUGGCCUACUAUAGCGCCAAAGGCGAUGCCGUCGCCAUCCACUGGCACAGCACAGCAGUCGCAUGGCCUGCCACGACGCCGAAGGCGACGCCCAGCCAGCCACUGGACCCAUCCGAGGCAAAGGCAAUCGCACAGCUUGACCUCUGCAUCCACAUGCCUGCCUUAGUCUUGCCUCGCACCGCACGCAUUCGCGGAGAAGGCCGUGAGCUCUACGCCUAUUACAUCGACGAUAGAGGAGACCAAUGUUGUGGUAAGCCAUGCACAGCCUUGCCCGUCUGCCGCUUUAACAGCGUCUGCGGCCGCGCCGUGCAAAGCAUGUGGAGCGACUCCCACAGCUCCCACAAGUGCAGCAG